AUGAUGGUAGAUAAAGGGGAUAGAACCCCGGAAGUGUAUGAUCAUCACUUUUGGGAGAGUGAACCUUCCCUAACUCUGAGGAAGGUAGUGAAGCCUGACGGCACAAAGUUCCGAUACUUUGACGAAACGAGUAUAUUCAACUUUAUAUUUUUUCUUUUGGUAUACAGGUGGGUUAAGGAAACAUCAAAGAGGUACCUAGAUCCUUACAUGAUCCACCCUCUCCCACUGGCCGACCAGAUUCUCAAAUGGCAGCCAAUUCUUUCCAGGCAUGUUAGCGAUGGCAUCGCCAGCAUUGAGGCCCACGAGUCCCUAAGUGAAGAGGAAAAGAAGAAAGCCAAGAAACCUGUGAGAUGUAUUCUGGCAAGGGCUGUAAUAUUGACCUACCGUCUCGGGAGAUGCCGAGGUCUUUUUGAGAUCUUCCUAAUUCACAUAUUCGUUUCGUAUGACCAAUAUGUUUCCCGCUAUCUGUCAUUAGUAGUUUCUCCAUCUGUUUGUCAUAUAGAUUCUAUUCACGUCGCUCCUACAGUUGUCAUUCUUGGCUUUUUUCUCAGUGUUAGUAGUUCCCACUGUUCCCUUCCCGUCCAGAUUCGGUAUUACGAGUCUGCACAAGUCUUAGCAUUCCAGUAUACCAACAAGAGAGGAGUCUAG